AUGUCCAACGUAGACCAAAAAGCAGUCAACACCAUCCGUGUCCUUGCGGCCGAUGUCGUGGCAAAGGCCAACUCUGGUCACCCGGGUGCGCCCAUGGGUAUGGCUCCCGCUGCCCACGUUCUCUGGUCCAGGUUCAUGAAGUUCAGCUCGGCCAACCCCAAGUGGAUCAACCGAGACCGAUUCGUCCUCUCGAACGGUCACGCUUGCGUGCUCCAAUACAUCAUGCUCCACCUCUGCGGGUACAAGGUGUCGAUGGACGAUCUCAAGGCGUUCCGUCAGAUCGACUCGAUCACCCCCGGUCACCCAGAGUUGGGCGUCACGGACGGUAUUGAGGUCACCACCGGUCCUCUUGGACAGGGUAUCGCCAACGCUGUUGGUCUUGCCAUUGCCCAGGCCCACAUGGGUGCUGUCUUCAACAAGGACGGCUUCAACCUCAUUGACAACUACACCUACUGCUUCCUCGGUGACGGUUGUCUCCAGGAGGGUGUCGCUUCCGAGGCGUCUUCUCUUGCUGGCCACUUGAAGCUCGCCAACCUCGUCGCCAUUUACGACGACAACAAAAUCACCAUUGACGGUGACACCGCUGUCUCCUUCACCGAGGAUGUCGAGAUGCGCUACAAGUCUUACGGCUGGAACGUGCUUCACAUCGAGAAGGGUGACGACGACUUUGAGGCCAUCGCCAACGCCAUCACUGAGGCCAAGAAGUCCACCGACAAGCCCACCAUCAUCAACAUGAAGACCACCAUUGGUUUCGGUUCGCUCAAGCAGGGUGGCCACGAUGUUCACGGUGCUCCCCUCAAGAAGGACGACAUUGAACAGCUCAAGAAGAAGUUUGGCUUCAACCCUUCCGAGUCUUUCGUCGUUCCCCAGGAGACCACCGACCACUACAAGGAGCUCGCCGCCAAGGGUGAUAAGCUCGAGCAGGAGUGGAACACCCUCUUCAAGUCUUACCAGGAGAAGUACCCCAAGGAGGCCUCCGAACUCACUCGUCGUAUCGAGGGCCGUCUUCCGGAAGGCUGGGAAAAGGCUCUGCCCACCUACACCACCUCGGACGCCGCCGUCGGAUCCCGAAAGCUCUCCGAGUCGACCCUCAACGCGCUGGCCGAGGUUCUCCCCGAGCUCAUCGGUGGUUCUGCCGACUUGACUGGCUCCAACUUGACCCGGUACAAGGGCGCUACCGACUUCCAGCACCCCUCGACCGGUCUCGGAAACUACUCUGGCCGAUACUUCCGCUUCGGUGUCCGUGAGCACGGCAUGACUGCCAUCUGCAACGGUCUCGCCGCAUACGGUGGUCUCAUCCCCUUCGGCGCCACCUUCCUCAACUUUGUGUCGUACGCUGCCGGUGCCGUCCGUCUGUCGGCCCUGUCCCACCUUCGCGUCCUUCAGGUCGCCACCCACGACUCUAUCGGUCUUGGUGAGGACGGACCUACCCACCAGCCGGUCGAGACUGCCGCUUGGUUGCGCGCCCUCCCCAACUUGGCCUUCUGGAGACCCGCCGACGGUAACGAGACCUCCGCCUCAUACCUCGUCUCCAUCAUGUCCCAGCACACUCCCUCCGUUCUUGCCUUCUCCCGUCAGAACCUUCCCCAGCUCGCCGGCUCGUCCAUCGAGAAGGCCGCCCGUGGUGGUUACGUUCUUGAGGAUGCCCAGGAUGCCGACGUCACCCUCGUGUCGACCGGUUCCGAGGUGCCCCUUUGUGUCGAGGCUGUCGCCAAGCUCAAGGAGCAGGGUGUCAAAGCCCGUGUCGUCUCGCUCCCCUGUUUCGAGGUCUUCAACGCCCAAGACAAGGACUACCGCAUGAGCGUUCUUCCCUCCGGUCACCCUAUCCUCUCGGUCGAGGCAUACUCGACAUUCGGUUGGGGCCAGUACUCGCACGACCACUUUGGUCUCCAGUCAUGGGGUUCUUCCGGACCUUACGACCAGGUCUACGCCAAGUUCGACCUCACCCCCGAAGGCAUCGCCAAGCGCGCAUCCAAGGUUGUGUCGUUCUACAAGAAGCGUGGCCACCCCGUCUACUCUCCCCUCAUCUCGGCUCUUGACGACAUUUCCGACGAGUAG